CCAACACUGAAAAAGAAAAAUCAACGGAAAAAUAUAUAAGAGUACUACCAAUAGAACACGUCAUGUUGAGACCCGACUCUUAUGUUGGUUCCCUUGACUCUUUAAAAGAAAAGAUGUUGGUUAUUGAUUCUGAAACGGAAAGGCUUAUUACCUACGUACCUGCAUUAUAUAAAAUAGUGGAUGAAAUCUUUGUAAAUGCUGCUGACAAUAAGGUUCGAGACCAAGAAAUGAAUGUUAUUAAAGUUGAUAUUGACAAAGAAGGAGGCCAAAUUUCUGUCUUUAAUUACGGAAAAGGAAUCCCUAUUGAAAUUCACGAAGAUUUCCGGUGUCGUAAUGCUAAAUUAACGAACAUAUACAGUUCGGAGUUCAUUUUGGAAACAUCUUCAAAUGGCAAAAUAUAUCGCCAAACUUUCAGGAAUAACAUGAAAGAAAUCGUACAACCAAUUAUCACCGAUCACCCUUUGUAUAAAAAAGAGGUGGAUUUUGAUUUUAAAGGCGAUUACACUCUGGUUAAAUUUAAGCCGGAUUUUCGAAAAUUCAAAAUGAGUCGGUUUGAUGAUGACAUAAUUGCCCUCAUAAAAAAGCUUGUAUACGACUUGGCGGGGAGUGUUGAGAAUGUUGAAGUGAUCUCUGGGAUCGCGAAAUUGGAAGAUGCAAACAAGACUGUUGGACGUGAUAAUUAUGGAAUUUUCCCACCCCGGGGAAAACUUUUAAAUGUUCGUGAAUGUAACCACUCUCAGAUCAUGAAUAAUACAGAAAUUCAACAAAUAAAGCAAAUCCUUGGACUGAAUCAAGGAAAAGAAUAUACAUCAACAAAUGAAUUACGAUAUGGGCAUCUGAUGAUCAUGACGGAUCAAGAUCACGAUGGAAGCCAUAUAAAAGGAUUGAUUAUCAAUUUCUUGGAUCAUUUCUUUUCCUCCUUGCUAAAAAUUCCGGUUUCUUAUGGGAAUUUAUCACAUCAAUUUGUACGAAGGAAGGGUGAUAAAGAACAACUUGAGAAAUGUAUAUCUGAAACGGACAAAAUGCCAUGGAUCCUCGAUUACAAAGAACAACUUAUGACAACUACCAUAGAUUUUACGGCCAAAUUAUCUUCAGAAAGUCUAAAAGAUUCUUUAGAAGAAGGACUUGAAAAACGAUUCAUGAUGAGCUCGCCCAUCAGAGCGUCGAACAUGAUGUGUAUUGAUGGCGAAGGUCGUAUUCGAAAAUAUGAUUCUCCCAAACUCUAA